AUGGUUAAAUACAUCAAUGGUGACGUCUUUGCAAUUCUAAAUCAAAAGUCCAAUCUUCCUGUUAUACUUGCUCAUAGUUGUAAUUGUUUUGGUUCAUGGGGUGGCGGAAUUGCAUUUGCUCUGAAGCAAAAGUUUCCAUCAAGCUACACACUUUACAGUGAUUACUGUUCCAGAUUUCAGGACAAUCCCCAGGAGUUAUUGGGCAAGUGUCUCCUAUUACCAAUAAGUAAAACCGAUCCUGGAUAUACCAGUGUCGUCGGGGACAAAUUCCUCAUUGCUUGUUUGUUCACAGGCGCAAGCGGUGGUAAAGCGGAGAUUUUGAAGUACACUGAUGUGUCUCUGUCCCAUCUGGGCAAGAUCAUCCAGAGCAAAAAAUCUGAAAUAAGUAUUCCAAGAGUGGACGAAAUUUUGCAAUCCAUCAAUACAGAUGACGUCCCUAUCUACCUGCCCAAGAUAAACUCCGGAAUUUUCGGAGUUCCCUGGCCAAAUACAGAAAAAAUAUUGGAGAACCAUAAUGAUCUAAAGUUUGUAGUGUACAGUAUAUAA